AUGGGAUGGAUACCAUGUUCUGGUAUAUCAAGGGGGACUACAAAGAAAAAGAAAAACAACAAGAAGAAAAAUAUGGUGAUCGUGAACCAGAAACCACUUGAUCAGACCAAAUCCAAUUCAGAGAGAUCGAGGAAAGAUUACCCUUUGCAUGUUAAGGAGGUUUCUAAGAAUGGAGGGUCUGAUAGCAUUACAGCACAGACUUUUACAUUCCGUGAAUUGGCAACUGCAACUAAAAAUUUUAGAGCGGAAUGUCUUUUAGGUGAGGGAGGUUUUGGAAGAGUCUAUAAAGGGUAUUUGGAAACCACUGAUCAGGUCGUGGCCAUCAAGCAACUUAAUCGUAAUGGUUUGCAAGGGAACAGGGAGUUCCUAGUUGAAGUUUUGAUGUUAAGUCUACUUCACCAUCCUAACCUUGUUAAUCUGAUUGGUUAUUGUGCUGACGGAGAUCAAAGGCUUUUGGUUUAUGAAUACAUGCCUCUAGGAUCUUUAGAGGACCAUCUACAUGAAGUUUCACCUGGUAAGAAACGACUUGAUUGGAACACAAGAAUGAAAAUAGCUGCUGGGGCAGCGAAAGGAUUGGAGCACUUGCAUGAUAAAGCUAGCCCACCAGUUAUAUAUCGUGAUUUGAAAUGCUCCAACAUUUUGCUUGGUGAAGGUUAUCAUCCCAAGCUAUCAGAUUUUGGCUUGGCUAAACUGGGGCCUGUUGGGGAUAACACCCAUGUAUCUACCAGAGUCAUGGGCACCUAUGGAUACUGUGCACCAGAAUAUGCAAUGACUGGUCAACUAACUCUGAAAUCAGAUGUUUAUAGCUUUGGGGUUGUUCUACUGGAAAUCAUUACAGGGCGGAAGGCAAUUGACAAUUCAAAAUCUACAGCAGAGCAGAAUCUGGUUGCUUGGGCAAGACCUUUGUUCAAAGACAGAAAAAAAUUCUCAGACAUGGCUGAUCCAAUGCUCCAAGGUCAGUAUCCUCCAAGGGGCUUGUACCAAGCUCUUGCUGUUGCAGCAAUGUGUGUUCAAGAGCAGCCUAAUAUGCGCCCUGUCAUAGCUGAUGUUGUCACAGCUCUGACUUACCUUGCUUCACAAAAGUAUGACCCUGAUGCAGAGACAGGCCAGAGAUCCCGCUUGGCCCCUGCCACUCCUCCUAGAACAAAGAGGGGUGGUAAAAUUCAAUGGUAG